AUGUUUAUCAUUGAAUGUAUGAACGGAAAGAUAAUUCAAAAGUAUUCACACUUUCCUGAUGAAAAUGAAGUCGUAUUAUUACCGUGCAGUUAUUUUGAAGUAUUAGAUAAAAUAGAUCAAGGAAAUGGAUUGCGCACGAUACAUAUUAAACAAAUACAACCACCUGUGCUUCUCAUUCAACCGCCUUUCUCCACCAGCCCAUUACCAGUAGAAACUGCGAAUACAGUACCAUGCCGUGGCAGUUCGACGAACACUGAUCCCAAUGCCACAUGGAACAAUAACCAGACGAAAAGUAAAGCAGAAAUCAACAAGAACAAUCUUGAUAAGGCAGAUGGUCACUCAGAAAUAAGGUUUGAACUUAAAUCAUCAUACGAUAAACUUGUUUUAGUUGGACGAUACUGGCCUGUUCCCAACGUGAAUAAACCGAAUGCUGUUGUUUUAUUUGUCCAUGGCUCAGGUGAACACUGUCAACGAUACAGACAUGUUGCUCACUUUUUCAAUAAACACCAAAUUCCAUGUGUCGCUUAUGAUUUACGUGGGAACGGAUUAUCAGGUGGUCAAAGGGGCUUUAUACCUAAUAUGGAUGCUUUGUUAGACGAUCUUGAAUGUGUCAUAAAAUAUAUUCGUAAGGAUCUUGAUUUCACCAUGCCAUUAGUAAUUUAUGCACAUGGCACUGGAUGUGUCAAUUGUCUUGCUCAUAUUCUUCAAAGACAGAAGUCCCGACCUGACUGUCAAGCUAUGAUAUUAAGUACGCCUUCAAUAUGUCUUAAAGAGCGUCCCACACCUCUCGCGUUUUUUGCCUCGCGAGUUGUUUCGAGUUUGAUUCCUCGUCUUCCACUCCUUAUCAGUGGAAACUACACAAAUGAGUACACUGAUGAUAAAGAAAUAGUUGAAGCAUAUCGAAACGAUCUACUUGUUCAUGAUAAAUGGCCUGCACAAACUAUUUCCUUAUUACUGGAAUUCGGUAAGUUAUUAGAAACAACUGUGGUUCAAUUUCCAGUACCGGUGAUGAUUCAACACGGUGUUGAUGACAACAUUACACCAAUUAAAAUGAUUCAAAAAUGGGCACAAGAGCGAGUAAAGGGUGACGAUGUAAUGUUCAAAAGUUGGCCCGGACACCGGCAUGAAAUACAUAAUGAUAUGGGUAGAGAAGAUGUUUUCAAUUAUGUAUUGGAAUGGAUCGAAAAGCGUUUGAAAAUUGAACAGCAUUAA